AAUAUCACAAUCUUCAUUCAUUCUUCACCUUCUGUUAGAUAAGGGAUACGGUUCUCCGAUUCCAAGGAGCGCAAACGAACGAUUGAAAUUCCACUCGUCAAUGAUUUUUACCCGACAUGAAUCGACCAAAGCAAAGAGAGAUGCUCUUAUCGUGAGGAGGGAGAAGGGCAUCCGUCAAUGUCUUCUUUUGCACGUCCGUGUACCGUCCACUAGGAAGUGUUGCGCCACGCCUAGUCCCUUUCCCGAGCAUCGCCAACUCUUUUAACCUCCAUCGAACCUUCAAUCCUUCAGGACCAACUCUCCUCCACUACCUUGUUCCGGCGAACCACCCCAGGAAGUGAGAAAUUCCAAUGGCCGAGACCGUGCCGGCGCCGGCGUCGUCGUCGAAGAGGAAGGUGGAGGUGUUGGGUUCGGAGGAGGAACUUGCGGCGGCCCUCGCCAAGUACGUCGCCGAUCUCUCCGGUAAGUUCGUCCGGGAGAGGGGGCUCUUCACCGUCGUUCUCUCCGGCGGCUAUCUCAUCGACCUCCUCAGGAAACUGGCGGAGCCGCCGUACGUCGAAUCGGUCGAGUGGUCGAAAUGGCAUGUCUUUUGGUUGGACGAAAGGGUGGUUCCUAAGACUCAUCCUGACAGUAACUACAAGCUCGCCUGUGAUGGUUUGCUCUCCAAGGUACCGGUUGUUCCUGAAAAUGUUUAUGCCAUUAACGAUACGCUGUCAGCUGAGGGUGCAGCAGACGAUUAUGAGGCCUGUAUAAGGUACUUAGUCGAGAGCGGUGUAUUAGCUCCAUCGGCUGCUAGCAAGUUCCCGAAGUUUGAUCUGAUGCUGCUUGGCAUGGGACCCGAUGGUCACGUGGCAUCUCUGUUCCCGGGGCAUCCUCUCCUCAAUGAGAAAGAGAGGUGGGUCACCUUCAUCAAGGACUCGCCGAAACCACCUCCGGAACGCAUCACUCUCACUUUCCCAGUGAUCAAUUCAUCGGAGUACAUCGCUCUCGUGGUUGCUGGGACCGGCGAAGUGGAUGCCGUGCACACUGCACUAGGGAGCAGUGGGGAUGCUAAAAAGUUACCCGCGCAAAUGGUGUCACCCGAGGGGGAGUUAACUUGGUUUCUGGACAAGGAUGCGGCUUCUAAACUUUAGAGAUUGACGUGUUUGUUGUGAUCUGUGUCUAAUGCUUGUAAGUUGCUUGGUUUCAUCAGCAAAGUAGCUGUAUUCAUGUGCUGAUGCAUUCCAAGUAGCUGGUUGAGUUGUGGAAUAAGUCUGUGCUUUUAACAUUUGCCCUUGUGGACUCUCAUAGGGAUAUGCAUGUCUGAGUGAUGCUAUUUUAGGCCUGUCGUUGCAA